UCACACAUCACACAGCACCAGCAAAGCCCCACAAUUUUACAAAUUUUUUUUAACGAAUCCAGAGAGUGUUAUAGUUAUUGAGUACCUGCCCUCUAACACUUACUCACAGAGGUGGACACUGAAGCAGCGCAUAGGCUGCCUACUGCCUGCCUCAUUCGAGGGACACUGGCAGUAUAUGGGAUAAGUGGCAUUAUGUAGGAUACUGAUAUAACACAGAGGCGCAGUGGCCUGAAUGGCAGCAUAUAGGGAUACCUGCUACUUAAAUAAAGAGGGGCACAAUGGCAGCAUAUUGACUACCUGCUACAAAAGAGGGACGUGCUUGGAAAUUCAUGAUCAGGAAAGGCAAGUGUGCACCUCUCCCAUUUAUGAGAGAAAAUAUGAUAUACCGGCAUGAUAGAUAAGAAUAUUACUGCACCACAGUUGUAAUUUUUAUAAUCAAUCGCUUCCUGUGUGGUAUGUAUGUUGAGAUAUCUCCGGACUAGAAAAUUAUCAUUUAUACAGUUGCACUGUUUCAUUAAAUGAAUAUCAUAAUUUAUACAUUAAAUUGAAACCUCAUAUUAUACGUAUUCAAAAGUAUAGAUUUAGUUGACUAAUUAGUCACACGAUAAUAGGCCUACAUGACAUGUUGUAGGCCCCUACUUACUAUUACUAUUACUUAUUAAUUUAAUAAAUAAGUUAUAAGUAUAUUUUUUACAUAUAUAUUUCACAUAAUAAAUAAUGUCAUUGAUUCAUUAACGAUGUUGCAAUCUGAUAUAAUUAUAAAGCUGAUUUGAUAAGGUUAAUGUAAGUAAUAAGUGUAUAUAAGUGAAGUAUUAACAAUUAUGCACACAAACAGAAAAGUGUUGGCCUCAUCGAAGUGUGCCACUCACUCUCGCCGCAACUGUAACACAAAAAACAAAGACCUCAGCCUCAGUAGUUGAGUAGGCCAAAAUUACUACGAAAGGAAUGACUCAUUAUUUUUGGCAAAAUAAAAAGGGUAACAUCAAAAACCUCUCCUAUCGAGAAAUGUACACCCAACGAUCGAUGGUUUGUUCUGACUUUCUAACUGGGACCAUCACCACGCGAUGCGAUGGUGAGUUAAUAUCAGCUAUUCAUCUGGAAGAGCUGCACACUUUCGCCUGCUCACUCACUUCACAAUUCAAUAACAUUAACACAGAUUUACACAUUGAAAGACGCAGUCUAAAAGUAUUAUCCAUUCAUGCAUAAACAUAUACAUACCACUCUAAGACAAAAAUUGUAUCCACUUCUUAUUUUGAAAAUACAGUAUUCCCUUGCCGGUAUGUACACACGACUCCUUUGUUUCGCUUUGCCCCAGCAGCUAACGUUUGUUCAUUUUAUCUUCAAAACAUUGCUCGGUACUCGGCUCGGGUAAUUUGCAUAAAUUUGCUAUGACCUCAACACCUAACAACGACUCAUUUCCAUCCACUUCCGGAAAGAAGUUUUAUAAUACUUAAAAAUUAUAUGUUCGAUCAAGCUUACUUGUAUUGUAUAUUUAAUCGUAUGAUUUAAAAUAUCUUAUAUUAGUUAAUUAUUUAUUUAACCCAUGAUUUUAUCUGAAUUUCAUCUAAUUAAAUGAUUAUACAUUUUCAAAGAAAGGUCAAUAAAAUAUUACUACGCCACUUUUAGCCUCGCCAUUUUUUCGGAAUAACAGGCUACCCUCUACGGAGAAAUGAAAAUCAAAACAUUGACGCAUGGCUUCCAGUUAAAAUUGUGAAUGAAUUUAUUGGUUUGUGUAGAGCUAUUUUAAUGAGUGAGCUCAGUUUCCGAAAGAGCUUAUUAAGUCGUUUGAAAAAUUUGUUGCUUUGAAAAGAAUAAUUCUCUUAUUCAGCCCAAUCCACACCGUUGAAACCGGCGACCAGACCGUUUUUAACUAUUUAUGUCAAAGGUGAAAGGUUACUCAAAUGCUGUUUUGACCUUUUGCAUGUUGGGUUGUAUUUUUCUUUUAAAAAAAUGUAUAGCGUAAUUCAUUCAUUUAAAAAAGGGUGUGAAUUACAAUCUAUACUUUUUAAAUUUAUUUUUUUUUAAAUAACGCAUUAUUACUGCAACAUAAAGAGGAUUGAAUUGAUAAUCAGUUAAUCAGGAUGUAAAAUUCCCACAAUUUUUAUUGACUUAUAUUUUAUAUGAUUAAAUUAUAUAUUAUAAUUAUAAUUAUUAGUGAAGCCGAAGCCUAACCCUCUCUGUAAAUUUAUUAAAAGAGAAAGUUAUAUUAUAUGGCCUUAUUAAGUAAGUCUAAGCGUAAACCUCUGCCCCUAUCACCCUAGCCCUAACUCUACUUUCUAUAUCUACCCUAUGUCUAUUAUGUUCAACUGAAAAUAAUGAUUAUUAUUUUAAUAUGUAUUGUAAUUGUAUAGUAAAAGAAAAUUAAGCCAAUUAUCUGUGUAUUAAUUAUUAAUUCUAUAUCACAAUUUAUAUAUACAAUAUUUACAAUAUACAAUAUUUACAAUAUACAUUCAAUACAGUACAAUUAUAAUGAUUGUUGUCAGUUGUGCAGUAAGGGUUCAGGCUAGGCGUAAUUAAUAAAAAAAAAAAAAGUAUUAUGAUUAAUAACUAGCUAGGAGAAUGAGAAGGGGAAGAGGAGGACUUCAUUUCUUUUAAAAAAUAAUAUAAGUUUGGGAAAGCACAAAAAGUAAAUGUAAGGCAAGAGCUGCCUGAUUAGAUUUGCCAAAAUCAAUUUAAAUAAAGUAUAAAGGCAUACUACUCUCUUGGUUUGCAUUGCAAAGCAGAAAUAUUAAUACUUAAUAGUAUUAUACCUCUUAGUGUUAUGUUAUAAAAAAUUGCCAUAUUUAUAAUUUUUUUUAAAUUUAUUUUGCAACAGGGUGUGAUGUGACUGAUUAACAAAAAUAAAAUGGAUUUGAAUUCCCUUGGUAGCCUCUCUCACUUUGACACCUUUGAUGAUGAUGUAUCCAAAGAAAGUAAUGACCUCACAGUUGAUGCUGGGUAACUUUAAUUUAAAUUUUUUUUAAAUUAAAAGAAAAAGAAUUUGAAUUUGAAAAUAAUGAGUAGGAGCUUUCAAUUAGUUUUCAGCAGUUUGAAAAUGGUAUUAGAAUGGGUGUUCUUGACACCUUUCUUGCUGUAUCCAAAAUUUUCAUGAAAUGACUGAAAAUUUUAAUUGAUUUGCAGAAUUGAAUGUAUAUUUUAUUUUUAUUUCAGACUCUCCAAUGAGGGUCCAUUUUUGAGCAGUGUUAGCCAACCUGAGAUUUCACAUGGUGAGUUGGUCUUUGUGUUUUCUGAAAGAGAAAUAUUGUAAGCAAUGUUCCCUUUAAGCUGCGCGGCCGUGCAGCUAUCUCACAGAUGCAGCGCAAUAGUUUUGAGUAUCUGGGCAGCAAAUAUCCAUGUAAGUGUUUGUUUGUGGACUGUAAACCUAUGCACACAAAAAAAAAUUGAUGCUGUAAAACUUUGCACACAACUGUAUGAUUUUGCACAUGAACCAGCAAACCUUAGAGGGAACAUUGACUGUAAGGACUGCGAUCAGGUUGAAGCAAUAAAAAAUGUACAAAGGGUAAAGGAAAAACCUAAAGAAGGAUGUAAACAGAAAGUGAGCAAUUCAGCCAAAAAAGCCUUCCGCGACGAAGAAAACAGGGAAAGUCAGAGACAAACACUCUUAGCUUACAUAGAUAUGUAGUCUAUAGAAAAUGGUAGACAUAUUCGAGACAAUAAAUUAUAGACUGCAUUCAUGUCUUGUAAAUGAAAUAUAAGAACAAGGUAUGCUAAACUUGAAUUCAUAGACAGGACAAAAGAUCUGGAUGUUUUGGCUUAUAGCCUUCGUCGGCAAACAAAACAAAUAGAAGCAGAACAAGUGACAGAGCACAUUAAGACAUAUUCAAAUACAGACCUGACCCUUGAAAUUUAGUUAUUUUUAAAGACAAAUUAAAAAAAAUAAAAUUGCAAAAUAUACUUUCUUUUAAACAAAACUGUAAACUUAAUUGAUUUUUUAAAAAAAGCUUUUCAUGUUUUGUUUACAUAAAAUAUAUUUGUUUUUAAAUAUAUAAAAUUUUGGCACACAUUUUUUAAUCCCAAAUCUAAUUCUUUGCAUUAUUGGUCUUCAGGUCUCUCCAUUGUACAUUCCUCCAGUGACAACCAAGAACACCAAUCAGAAGUACAUUAAUAUAUUUCAUUGACUUAAUUUUAACUUCAUGACUGUUAUAAUUCUGACUCUUCAUGUGCAUAAUUCAUCUUUUCAAAUGCAAUUGCUGCUAUGUAUCUUAUAUUUGAAAAUAAGUUUAUUAUAUGAAAAUGAUUUUUCUGAAAGAUUUGAACAAUUUUAGCACUUUUGAUUUUUAAAAAAUCAUUGUUUGGAGACUGGAAUGAGUUAUAGAAGAUGGAAAGAGACCGAAAAGCAUAGGAAGAUAUCUAUAAUUGGCCUGUUCUCCAUUGGCAGUUGAAAAAGACAAAAAAGAAAAAUACAAAUUGAAGAAAAUCUUUACUAUCCCAUGAACACAGCAAGCUCUUCAAUUGCAACAUGUUAAUAAGUACAUUUGGAAAGUUUUGCGCCUCUUUUGGUUUCAAAAAUAAGAUAUUUCAUCAAUUAUACCACAAAACUCCUCCUUUUGGUCAGUCUUGUAAAACUUUCUAAUCACAUAUUUGCUUGUGCUCUGCAUGCAGCCGCUGAAGAGAAAAGGAGGAUGGACAAAGGGCAAGAAAAGGAAGAAACCUGUCAAAGACAUGAAUGCCCCGAAACAGCCCCUGUCUGGGUAUCUGCGAUUUUUGACAGAGCGCAGGGAACAAGUUCGGCAAGAGAAGCCCAACCUGUCAUUUGCUGAAAUGUCUAAACAACUUGGGAGUGAAUGGUCCAAUCUGCAACAGCAUGAAAAACAGGUACCUUUUACCUUGAAUGUUAAUAUUUUUUAUUUUAUAGUAUUGGAUUAGUUUAGGAAAUGUUUUGUUUAGCUAAUUUUUAACUGUGUCAGUCUCCCAGUGACAUAAAUGAAUUAUAGCCGUAUGCCAUGAAUUAGAAGACUAAUUUGGCCCAUUUUUUUAAAAAUCGUGCAAUUUGUUUUCUGUUUCAUAAUAAAAUUUCAAAUCUUUAAUUGAACUUCAAGUUAAAUACCGAAACAAUCCCAUGGCCAAUGUAACUGCAAAAGUUAAUUUUUUUUAAAUAAUUUAUUGUUGAUUAAGUUGUAUUGGUUCACAACUCAGCAUUGUCAAUCAAAUAAAUAUUUCCUAAUAAACAGUGUGUAAGUACUGUGGGUUUUUUUUUUCUUACCUUUGUGGUCAAAGUAAUAUAUUUUCUUAAAUAAUCCUUUCAGCGGUAUUUAGAUGAUGCCGAGAGGGAAAAGGAAAAAUACAUGAAAGACUUAGAGGCCUACCAAAAAACAGACUCAUAUAAAACAUUCAGACAACAGUUUGAAAAGAAGAUAAAAGGUUUGCUCUACUUUUAACAUUAAUAGGAACAUCAUUAAGCAAAAUAAUUGUUUUGCUGUCAAAUUUAUUUAUAUUACAUUUCAUAGAAAAGAGGUAAUUAAUUUUUGUCCUUCAUUCAAUCACUUAACAUGUUAAUCCUUCUUUUAACUGAAGAGGGCAACAGGUGCACAAGCGUGACAUUCCCUGCAUCUGGACAAGUAGUUAGCGGGUUUGAUUCUUGUCUUAGGUAGCCCCCAGUGUUAGGAACUGCUAACUGGAUAAGCAAUUCCAUAACUUUGUUGUGUUGAGGUAGUUAUUAAAUGAAUCCAUGAAUAAUAUUGCUUACGGUUCUUUAUUGAAAAACAGUGUCUUCAUUAUUCCACGUUCCCUCUGGAACUCCCUUACUACUUAAAACCAUAAAGUCAUCUCUCAAACUCAAGUACUUCAGAAAUACAAAAUUGAUACAUAAUUAAUCUCCACACCAAAACAGGCACCCACUAGACACUAACAAAUCACUAACACCCAGCUAUGGAAAGGUGGGGGUGACAUUGAUGAGUCAGCCAUUAAGGGCUCUUUAACUGGCUUUGAUACUGCUAGAACAAAUAUGUAAGAUCAGCACCAAUAAAAAAAAUGAAACUACUUGAAUAAAAGUACCAGUCGACAUAAGAAUGUAUCUGUUUUUCAAUGGCUUUCAGAUUUUUAAAAUAAUUGUAUGUAUUUUUCUUUAAAAAGUAAACAUUUUUAAGACACUGCUAAGUAAAAUGGAAAUGAUAGCAGCAAAAAUGUAAAUAUUUGAUUCCUUUGUAACAAUAUUUUUAAUCAAUACAUUGAAUUUAUGAGCUGUAUUUUAAUACAAUUUUGACUCUCUUCUAUCAGUUCUUGCUGGAAUUCAUUUAGCAGAUAUCUUAAACAUAUUUUCAUCAUUCGAUAAUCUUAAAUUUAUUUUAAUCAUUCUAGAAUCUUAAAUUGAUUUUUAACAUUCUAGAAUCUAAAAUUUAUUUUCAUCAUUUUAAGAUCAUAAAUUUUAAUUCAUCAUUUUAGAAGAGGUAGACAACACAGAUGUUCAGGGAAUGCCAGUGACAGGAGGGGGAGAGGAGGAAGAGUCAGGAACAUUCGAUAUCCCCAUUUUCACAGAAGAGUUUCUAGAUCACAAUAAAGGUACAUACGAUAUUCCCAUUUUCACAGAAGAGUUCAGAGCUUACAAUGGUAGAUAAAUGGAAGUGAGAGACCCUAGUGGUUUGUGACUCAAAACUUUGUAUAUUUUUUAAACUUUUUAUUUUUUAUUUUUAAAAUUUAAACUAAAACAUUCUUACAAUUAAAGCUUCACCUAAUCUAGGUAGCAGUUAUGGUGGAAAUAAAACAUGUUUCUUAUAAAAUUGAAAACUAAUGUUUACGCAAAGAGACUAACCAAGGAGAAUGUGUUCAUGAAGAACAUCGCUCCUUGUAGACUUAUGUAAAAUUCAGAUCAGUGUUUUAAAAUUUUGUAUUUGUGGAACCAUAACUUCUUCCUAAAGUAGGUCAAAUUUUGAAACGUCCUUGUUUUUUUGUGGUGUUAUCUUAUUUCAAGCUUCCACAUACCUCGUUUUGCGAUUUUAUUCAAAUUUUGUAGCAACAUUCCUCCUGAAAACAUGUUGAUUAUAUAGCUUCAGUAUUUUCAGUAUUUUUUAAGUAUACUGGUAUUAAAUAAAUCAAACUGCUAAAUUUACCAAUAAAUAUUAUAAACAACAAUUUAUGUCAAAGGUCAUCAUGCACCAUCACAAUUAUUUUCCAACAUCCUUGAUUGCUUUUUCUACAUUAAAAAAAAAGAUAUAAAAUUAUUAUUUUUUUUUUUUUUUAAACUGAGCUCCAGCUGGUUAUCACAGUCAUAAUUCUAUGGAAGAUAUGCUUGGUCUUAUAUCAUUUAAUGUUCAUAUUUCCAGCAAGGGAUGCAGAACUGAGACAGCUGAGGAAACAAACCACUGAGCUAGAGGAACAAAAUGCUAUCCUGAGUAAACACACAGACAACAUGAGACAAGCAGUGGAGAGGUUAGACUUGUGGGGACUUGGGAUUAAGUUAAAAUGAAUUUAGAAAGGAAGAAAAUAAUAUUUAACAGUGAACAGGGCAAUUAAAAAGAAAAUAAUCACAUUAAAUCAGUCAUUGAGGAAAAGGGGGAGGGGGUGUUGGCUGUGAAGUGGGAAUGUUAUCACAUUAAUUUAAAAAAAAAACAUGGGGGGGGGGGGGGGGGGGGGGGGGGUGUUGACCUAACUAAAUAUAUUAGUAUUUAUUCAAGGUGAUCACCUACCACUUGUCUUAUAAUCUAAAAGGAUAUUGCAGUGUGCAUGAGUCUGUUUUCCGUGGCUUCCUAAAUUUCAUCAAUGCCAACUAACGUUAAUCUGAGAAUACCUAUUUACACCACCAGGCUGGAGUUGGAGGCCCAGCAGCAAAGGCAAACCAACCAGGCACUGCAUGUUCACCUUGAGGCUCUUAGGAGCUGUCUCACAUCCUCAUUCAGUUCUGUCCCUUUGCCAGGUGAGGAUAUAACCCACAAUCUUAUGAACAAAAUUAUCUCAAUUCCUUAUCUAGCAUUAUGUAACGGGAAUUUAUUGAAAAAAAAAAUUAUUAUUUUUAAUAAAAUGGCCAAAAGAUAUAAUUCUCUAUAAUUAGCUUAGUUAAUUUUUUUAAUUUUUAGCUUAAUAAUGAGAAGUUUUUAUUAUUUUAUUUUGGUGCACUAUUAUUUUAUUUGUGAAAUGAUAACAUGGUAAAAUAAUUGAUGCUUAUUUAAACAAAUUUAAUUAAAUAUUUAAAUAUUCAAAUCAAAUUUAUUAAUGAUGCUAUACAAGAAUUCUCUCUGAUUCUUCUAAGACCAUAGGCUUGAGGCAGCGGGAACUUGAAAUAAAUACAAAACAACCUUAAAAUAAACAUUAAUUGACUGAUUUUAAAUUCAUGCAGAUGUGAAAUUACACAUUUUUUUUGUAAAAAAACAUACAGAUGAAAUCAAAAUGUUUAAAAAUAAAUAACCUGAGAUUCAAAAGCCAGAAGAGACAUUUAAUUGCAGCCUGGAAUGGAGCAAAUGAUUUGUAAAUUGUCUGGUUAAGGACAGUUUUAAGUAGAUUUCCGUGUUUUAGAAUAUUUCUCUAAAUGUAAUAUGAAUGCGAAACAGUUACUAUCACUGAAUAUUUAUUUGAUCUUCUUGUGAUUUUAAAUUUUUUUUUUUUUAAAUUUUAAAAGCUAGUAGUGCACUGUAAAUUUCAAAGUUAAAGUACUGUCAUGUGAUAUUAAAGAUUUCUAUUAUUAAAUAACAGUUCAUGCUUAAAUUUUUUUUUUUUUUAAAAUUUUUUUUGUGUUUGGUAAUUUAUCUCCUUCAGGCUCAGGAGAGCUGCCUACUAUAGAAACAAUCGACACAUACAUGGCCAAGUUACACAGCCUCAUUCUGGACUCACCACAGGAAAAUGAACAGCUCAUAGCAACUGUGAGGGAAAUUGUAGGCCGCCUGAAUAUUGAGUUGUGAUCGGCAAUGGACUGUCUGAUUUUGAUUGCUGAGAUGUUCUGGGUUUUAGAAUAAGUGAUUUCGGUUUGAAAAGAUAAUAGAAUUUAUAGAUACUGGGUACUUAAUGUUAUAGAAAAUCUUUACCCACCGUUCACAUGCUUGUCAUGUCCUUGGCACGUUUGUAUUGCCUGGUACAAUACGACAGUUGGUCACUGUCCAGUCUUUGUAUAUGUUUCAACAAUUGUUGGACUUCUCCGCAGUAUGGAUUUUCAAACCAAAACGUAAGGUAAACAUUGGACAUAUGAAAUUCAGAAUUACUUAAUUAUAGUUUUUUUAUGCGUGUGUCACUUUUAAUGCAUGUUUCUUAUUCAUAAUUUAUGGAUGCUGUCCUUGGAACUGAAAGGUAGUUUUAUCUGGAUGUCAACUAAUAUUUGAAUUACAUUUCCAUCCAAAUGUAAUCAGUUGAUAGUUUCUUCAAGACACUGGUCUUCAAAGGUAUGUCUGACAAUCAAUUAAUGACCUUGUUUCAGUCAGAAUAGAAGAUGCCGGCCCACUUAGUAUAUUAUUAAUCAAAAUUUCUUUUGUCAAUUGGAAAUGAUGAUGGAUUUAUAGUUUGGAAAGUUGUACAUGGAGACAUUUUUUUGUUUUUGUGAACUUCAAGUUGAAGUUGAAUGCAUGAUGGCUGAUGAUUAAGCAAAGGGGGCUAAUCUGUUUUUGCUUUUUAUGCAUCUUUUUUUUUUUUUUUGGUUGACCAAACAAUAAGGAUCAGACGUGGAUGCUAUAAUAAUGUUAUUCUUAAGUAAUGCAAGAAUUUAAGCUUGACUGCUAGAUGUUGGCUACAUUAGGAAGCUUAAUAUUUUUUAUAUAAUGGCAUUUACAUGUUUACAUAAAUUAUGUAAUGGUUAUGAUACACUGUGUUCAAACUGCUGGACUGCUACUUACUACUAGGUUCCCGUUAGCAGUUAGGUUAAGCAUUAGUGAAUGUUACUUUCAUUUAUUUUUGGUUUCAUGUAUAAAUUAGAUGUUGUUCAUUUAUUUAAUGGUACUAUUUGUAAAUAAACUUAAAUUUCAUAAUCAUUUGUU